AUGCCUCAUACCAUUCAACAGGCGAGGCUUUCUGAGGCGGUGUUCUAUAAUAUGACAGGUGGAGCAGCAUCAAUGACUCAAGAGAACGUGAUCGAUGUAUACUACGAAGGCUUGACAGGUACAUGGGCGUCUCUCGGUGGAAUUUAUGGAGAGAUGCCUGAGAAAACCACGAGCGAUGGGCCGUAUCCAACCUCAUGA